AUGCUGGAGGACAGCUCUGGGUCCCAGGAGUGCGAAGCGGAGAGCGACGGGGCGGCAGCUGUGAGUGCGCCGCCUGCCAUCGACUUCCCUGCCGAGGGCUCGGACCUCAAAUAUGACGAGUCUGACGUGCCAGCAGAUCUCCAGGUGUUGAAGGGACCCAUACAGCAGCCGACCUUCCCCUUCGCAGUUGCAAACCAGCUGCUGCUUGUCUCUCUGCUGGAGCACCUGAGCCAUGUGCACGAGCCAAACCCAGUCCGUUCAAGACAGGUGUUCAAAUUACUCUGUCAGACCUUUAUCAAGAUGGGGCUGCUGUCUUCGUUCACCUGCAGUGAUGAAUUUAGCUCACUUCGACUGCACCACAACAGAGCCAUUACUCAUUUAAUGAGGUCAGCUAAAGAGAGCAUUCGCCAGGAUCCUUCUGAGGAGAAUUCUCAUAUCAAGAAAAUCAGAGCCAGAGAAAUAGCCUUUGAAGCACAGACCUCACGUUACUUAAAUGAGUUUGAAGAGCUUGCCAUCUUAGGGAAAGGAGGCUAUGGCAGAGUCUACAAGGUCAGGAAUAAAUUAGAUGGCCAGUAUUAUGCCAUUAAAAAAAUCCUAAUUAAGGGUGCAACUAAAACAGAUUGCAUGAAGGUCCUCCGGGAGGUGAAGAUGCUGGCGGGUCUCCAGCAUCCUCACAUCAUAGGCUACCACACUGCUUGGAUAGAGCAUGUCCACGUGACUCGACCCCAUGACAGAGUUUCUCUGCAGCUCCCCUCUCUGGAAAUGCUCUCGGAAAGAGAUGAUCAGGGUGGUGCUAAAGGUGGCAGUAGCAGCUCAUCCAUUAUCUUUGCGGAGUUAACCUCAGACAAAGAAAAGGCCUUUGGAGGAUCUGCCCUUGAAAGUCAGCAUAACAGCUUGGUGAACUACACGACCCAUUUAGUCCGCAGAGCGGCCAGUGACUCGGAAUCCUCAUCCAUUGAACUUCAGGGUGAUGAGCUGCCCGCCAGCGAGCCCCAGCUGCCUCUCAGGCCUCAGCUCGACCUGGAGGAGAGUUUCACGUCCACUGAGGAGUCCUCUGAGGGAAACGUGAACGUGUUUGGGCAGCCGGAGAUGCAGUACCACCUGAUGCUCCACAUCCAGAUGCAGCUGUGCGAGCUCUCACUGUGGGACUGGAUCACCAUGCGGAACAGGCGGAGCCAGGAGUGCGUGGAUGAGUCGUCCUGUCCUUACAUCAUGGCCAGUGUUGCAACAAAAAUUUUUCAAGAAUUGGUGGAGGGUGUAUUUUACAUCCAUAACGUGGGGAUUAUGCACAGAGAUCUGAAGCCCAGAAAUAUUUUUCUUCAUGGCCCAGAUCAGCAAGUGAAAAUAGGAGACUUUGGCCUCGCAUGCACAGACAUUUUGCAGAAAAGCACAGAUUGGACCAACAAAAAUGGGAAGGGAACGCUGACACAUACGUCCCGAGUGGGGACCAGCCUGUACGCGUCCCCCGAGCAGCUGGACGGGUCCGAGUACGAUGCCAAGUCAGAUAUGUACAGCUUGGGAGUCAUUCUGCUGGAGCUCUUUCAACCAUUCGGAACAGAAAUGGAACGAGCAGAGGUUUUAACAGGUCUAAGGACGGGUCAGAUCCCAGAACCCCUCAGUAAAAGGUGGCCGGUUCAGGCCAAAUACAUCCAGCAGUUAACCAGAAAGAGCCCGUCCCAGCGGCCAUCUGCCACCCAGCUGCUGCAGAGCGAACUUUUCCAGAACUCUGGAAAUAUUAAUCUAACCCUACAGAUGAAGGUAAUAGAGCAAGAGAAAGAAAUUGAAGCACUCAGGAAGCAGCUGAGCCUCCUCUCUCAGGACAGAGGGACUAAGGACACGUGA